ACCUGGCCUGGAAGCGUAGCAAGGUGGUCGGGGGUCUGGGCUUCGCGUGGAUCCGGCAUCUGCAGCCACAGGCACCUGGCGGAGGAGGGAGGGUGCGGGCGCGGGGCUUGCGUCCCGGCUUUAUGAAGGCUUCGGGGCCGGCUAGGGGGCGCAGUCAGCCGGGAGCGGGAGGAGGGUGGCGCGCGCGGGAGGACCCGUGGCCCGCAGCCGCCCGCUCCCGGGCUUCGCGCGCGUCUGCGCCCCUCGGUUCCCCAGCUCGGCCCCGCCCCCUCGGCUCCCUCCCGCCCUGUCCCUGCCCCAGGAGCUGCGGCGCGGCCGGCUGGCGCUUUCUAGUGUGGCUGAGGGCUCGGGGCGGUAGGCGGGGACCGUCUCCCGACUCCGGCCUCCGCGGGGUGGCCUCCAUUAGUGUCGCGCGGAACCCCGAAAGCGAAGCCGCUCUGGGGAGUUAGUUCACCGACUCCCGGGCCCCAAGUUUUCAGCUUGAAAGGAGGAAUUUCGCAAAGCCUCCGGAAGCCAGAACCCACGCUGUACCCCGUAGCGGAUGUCCACAGCCGCCAAGAAGCUGGACUCUGCAGAUCUGAUUAGGGUAACAGGUUAAUCAGGUCGAGUGGGAGAAGGAGGACCCUGUCUCAGAAGCAAAAGCAAGUCAUAUUCCAAGACGCAUCAUGUCCAGUUUCGAAGAUGCUGAUACGGAAGAGACAGUGACUUGUCUCCAGAUAACUGUUUACCAUCCUGGCCAGCAGCAAAGUGGUGUAUUCCAAUCAAUAAGGUUUUGUAACCGAGAAAAACUUCCUUCCAGCGAGGUGGUGAAAUUUGGCCGAAAUUCCAACAUCUGUCAUUAUACCUUUCAGGACAAACAGGUUUCCCGAGUUCAGUUUUCUCUGCAGCUGUUUAAAAAGUUUGAUAGUUCAGUUCUCUCUUUUGAAAUUAAAAACAUGAGUAAGAAGACCAGUCUGCUUGUGGACAACAAGGAGCUGUGCUACCUAAAUAAAAUAGACCUGCCUUACAAGUGCAUGGUCAGAUUUGGUGAGUAUCAGUUCCUGAUCGAGAAGGAAGAUGGAGAGUCGUUAGAGUUUUUUGAGACUCAAUUUAUUUUGUCUCCAAGAUCACUCUUGCAAGAAAACAACUGGCCGCUCCAGAAGCCCAUACCGGAGUAUGGUGGUUACCCAUCCUGCUCCACCCAAAACACUUCUCCUACAGAAAUGGAUGAAAAUGAAUUGUGAACACGGAGGGCUGAGAGGAGAAUCAUGAAGGAUGAAGAAAUCUGUAGACAUUUAAUGGAUACUUCACAGUUUAUUAAAGUCAUCUGUUGUCAAAUUUGGCAACUCUUAUUAUCAUUUUGAAGUUUUUAAAUUGUAUUAGUCAUCAGUUUAGUCAUUUGUUACAUUCCUAGAUGUAUUUUGGAAUUACUGUGUGUUAUUAAGAAUUAUUAAGCAUAUUUAAGUGUACAUCUGUGAGGGUUAAUGUACAAGAAGUAUCCAUGCUGAUGAAGGGAUAGUGUUCUCAGUAGGAUUAUUUUCUUUUUAUGCUUGCUUUUAGUCCUAUGUUUUGUUUUGUAAGGAACAGUCUCUUGGUUUGGUCAUAUUAUUUCACACGUAGCUGUUUUUCAAGGUCAAGGCUGUGGGCGUGUUGUUACUUGUGGUGUAGCCUGUUGGUACCUGCAGUACUAGGGUACUAGCGUAAUGUGUUUUGGAGAACUGUCAGUGCAUCAUUGUGGUUUUAGUAUAGGAAGCCCUAUCUGAGCAAUAAUACCUUUUCUAUGAUUUCCUUUCUGUAGAAUAAUAGUGUUCAUUCCCAAAAAUAGAGUUUUCCUUGUAUAUAUUCAGUAUCUAAAACCAGUAUUUUGGACAUUUUAAUGAACCAUUGCUAUGUUGAGGAUUCUUUUUCAGUUUUCUUACCAAACAUUGACUUUUAUGUACCAUGCAUUUUUAAAUUCCAUGAAUUUGAAAUUUUAACAACAUUCAUGCAUAUAAUAAAGUCCAAGUUUAAUUCUGUAACCAUGUUCUUUGAAACUCAUUCUGGAGAAGGGAAAGAACUGUUCUUAGACUGCUUACUCUAAGGAAGGAGUGCCAUAGGCCUCAGGCAGAGGCUGUGACUGGGGAUUAAGAUGGCUCUGGCUCCGCCCCUCAAUGCGUAUUAGCUCCAAAUCUCCAUACAUCACUCAUCACUCCACGUGGUGGCACACGGCCACCGGUAGUUCCUGUGAUACACAUUCUUUGGUUUCCUGCAUCCAUCUUAAAUCUGCUGCUUUUGCCAGUUUCGCUACCCCCGACCUCUAAAUAUCAACACUUAGUUGGGCUGCUCUGCCAAUAUGCUGCACCAGGGUGAUCCUACCUGGCAUAAUGACUUAAAAUACCAUUUACUUAUUAAUGACUUCUAAACGUGUACCUUGACCUGGUCUCUGAACUACAGACAUAUGCAUCCCAUCACCUUCUUGAUGUCUUGAUAUAAAUUCCUCAUAAACACCUCAAAUUUAACUUCCAAAACAGAACUCAAUUUCCUUCACCUUCCUAAAUCUGUUCCUCCCACUACAUUUGUCAAGUUGGAAACCAAAGUUAUUGUGAAGUGUAGUUGUAGCUGCUAGAUUGGCUGUCAUAUUUCCAGAUUUAACCAGCAGGGAGACAAUAAGCUCAAAUAGACUUAAUUACUUCCACAGAUUGCAAAAGCAAGGUCAGCAUGAAGUCAGUGUUCCACAUCCCUGGUCCCUAGGGCUAUCCCUUGGACAUUGGAUCAGGGAGGCCAAAUGACACCUAAAUGGAGGGCAGCUCUGUUGCUGAAGAGCCAACUCUAAACUCCAGCCUAUUAGCCUACAUCUGUAGUGAAAGGGAGUGAGGUGGAAAUCUCUGCUUCACUAGAACCAGGGAGUGAGAUGAGAAAUUGCCUCAUGGCAGCCUUCUGCAAGAUAGGGGAGCAGAUGAUAAAUGGCUUUGUCCCAUCUCCUGGAAGACUGCCUAUCUUGCCAUGUUCUGGGGAGGAUCACAGGGCUUUGUUAAGAUUUCAGUAGGAGUGUGGUUGAGUGUUGCUAUACAGAUGUGCAGUGAGCAAGGUCGCCAGAGCACCAUGCUAGAUGCAUUAUCCUACAGUUCUCUUGGAUUCUCUUGGAUUCCAGCUCUACUUUUGCCCCCCAUCUAGCCCAUCAGAAAAUCUUGUUAACUCUACCUCUGAAGUUUAUCAGCUCUGCAUUCCUAUCACGAUUAUUAACCCAAGUCACAUCAUGUCUCAUGGCAAGUAUCACACAUAUACUCUUGUCCUCUUAUAACCCAUUCUCUACACAGCAGCUAGAGGAAUUUUUAAAAAAUGCAAAUUGGAUCACGGUCCACUCUGGCUUACAGAAAGUCAGUGGCUUUAUACAUCAAAUAAAAUUAACUCUUAACCAUAGUCUAUAAAACCUUACAUGAUCUGGCCCUUAAAUACACCUCUAAUAUCAUAUAUCAUUCUACCUCAUGAUGCUUCAGUCCCCGUGAUCUUUUCAUUCUCAGAACAUACCAAACGUUCUCCUACACCUCAGGAAUUUUAUAAACAUGCUUUUUAUAGACAGGCUUUUUACUUGGCUGGUUCCUGCUCAACAGUUAGGUCUCAGCUCAAAUAUCAGCUCAGAGAAGACUUUCUUGUCCCCAGCUAUCCUGCAUCCUAUCAUCUCAUAUAUUUUCUAACUGUGAUCUGUUGUUUUCUUAUUUACAUGUUUCCUUGUUAUUGUCUUGUCUCUCUCAUCAGAAUGUAGGCAAGAGCUUGGGCACUGUAAGUCUUUUUACUACUCUGUCCCUAACAAGCUAUCAGACUCAGUAGAUUCUCAAAUAUCUGCUGAAUAAAAAAAUGUUAUUUCCAGUCUUUUUUAUAAAUACAUAAAACAA